UUAUCAAACCCGAGCUUUUGUACAAAUAACCGUCACUUGGCGAACAGCGCUGAACAUUGAGUCGCUUGAACGUCGCCGGGGUCACGACCACUGACGUCUAGAGACCGACAGCUACGACAACACCGCUGUUACUGCGCUCAGCUACGAAAGCACUGCUUCGCCGACAGCAGCGACAUUGACACUGCUAAACAGCCAUGACGUCAGAACGCCGUCCUCUACGAAAAGAAUUCUACGUGUUCUGGAACUCCGGCUUGACCGAGGGCGGAUACGUGGACGGGUCUGCCGUCGUCUGCGCCCUCAUUAUGGACAAAGGGGAGACAACUGUGACACGGAUUUUCUCCUCGGGUGCAGACGACAUGGUGCUGGCCGAUGAACAUCUCAUCGAGUGGCUGACGGAACACCCGCUGGUCCUGGAAGCAGAGGACAUUGAAAUGAGGAUACACCUCAACUAUUCCCCGCAGUAUGCCACCGCGCAGGCGCUCGUGAACCUCGUCACGUCCCUGCAGAGACAGUGCAAAGAGAUUCAAGUCACGAUGAAGUUCGUCCAACUGUACAAGACAGAAAAUGACGAAGAUGCAGACGAAAACAGACGAGGCUUGCGGACGUUACGUCAGAGUGGAUUCAAACUGGACGUCUUCGACGAAGCUGAUUGGUUCUAUCUGGCCGAGACUCUCGCAGACAAGAGCAGUCGCAAAACGCAGAGUAAGAACGCGGUAAAAGCGAAAAAGAAGCUCAAAGAGAUCUUCACCGACACCAGAGAUGCUGGGUCCGUCACUGAAUGUGUGAAGACGUCGGAGACAAACACCAUGACGGAUGUGUUCUGUGACGCCGAUCAGAGUUCGUCUGAUUCACAAAGCUGACAAAGUAAUACUUUAUGUGACGUAACAGACUUACGAAUCAAAAGAACCAAGUUCUGAAUCAAAAACACUAUCACCCGAUUGGGAAAUAUGAUAUUAAACAGCCUGUUUAACAGGUCUUGAAAGAUAUAUUACUUUGAUGUUCGACGGGAUGGGUUUCAGGGCAAAGCCUGAUGUGGUGUUCCUGUGAAUUAAUAACCAAAGAGCCAGUCUAAAAUAUUAAGAAAUA